AUGGGGCGCCCCGAUGCGCGCUACGCCUGCGCGGUGGCCCUCCUGAUCCUUCUGCAGCCACGCGUGGUCCUCGGCGACGCCCUGGACGACCUCAUCGGCAGCGUGGAGGACGUGGUGAAUCAGGUCGCCGAUCGCGCGACGGAGGCGUUCAGGACGCGGUUCCCCGCCGUGGCGGCGUGCGAGUGCUCCCGCCACGCGUGCGACGGCGACUUGGGCGCAAGCAGCACGUGCCGCCAAGAGCUCGGGGACUCGGAGCUGUGUCCCGGAUGCACGGGACAGAAGAUCGAUUUCAACAAUAGCUUUGUGUUGACACCCCCAAGCACAGAUCCCAACAGACUAGAGCCUGGUGUGAAAGAUUCAAUCUGCACGUUUCGGGGCAUGGAUGAUGUCUUUGCAGAAGCAAAAGAUGAAUUUGGGAUAAGGGCCUGGACCUAUAUUGCCACAACAGAUGGUGUCAUGAGGACAUGGCCAGGUCAUGCAAUGGAGCGUGGUGAUGAUGUCCCUUCUGGUGAACGCGAAGAGGAAUUGGGAAACUGCAAGUCCUACGAUCCGCGCCUUCGUCCAUGGUAUGUUGCAGCCACCAGUGGGCCAAAAGAUGUCGUUUUGGUGAUUGACACAUCAGGGAGCAUGCUGACUGCUGAUGGUGAACUUUUUGGAGAUUUCCGGUCGCGGUGGCAGAUAACCAAGGAAGCAAUACUUGCCCUCUUGGGCACAUUCGGCAUUUCCGACUACAUAAACCUGGUGGAGUUCAACAGCAAAGUCAAAGUGCUUGUUGCAGACAAUCUGUUCCAAGCGAGAGAGCAAGAAAUUGCCCUGCUCAGAGAUGAAGUGGGGAACAUUGAGCCUCUUGGAGGCACGGAUUUCCGAUUAGGAAUGGAAGCUGGUUUUGACCUCCUUAUCAACGCGACGAGGAGGAGCGUCGAAGAUGAGGAGCCCACAAGCUCACGGUGCCAGAAGGUAAUCCUAUUCCUCACAGAUGGGGAGGACUGCACGACCACUGACUCCAAGUGCUCGAUGCCAGUGGCUGAGAAUGAAACUGGGGUGGACUCCGUGCUUCAGUUCAUCGAAAAGAAGCAGACAGAGCUGGAGGCCGUGGGGAGCCAACGAGCCCACUUGUUCACAUUUUCGUUCGGCUUUGAGGCAGACGAUGAAAUCCCCAAAGAGAUGGCUUGCGCGAAUGAGGGAGCAUGGAGCCGCAUUUUACCCGGCGAUGAUCCGCUGGUCAAAAUGAAUGCGUACACAUCAUAUUUGGCAUCGAGGAGAGGACAGUCGGAUGUGAUUUGGUCGCGAACCUAUGAUGACGCCUUUGGCUUAGGCACCGUCGUAACAGCCGCCAAGCCGGUGUACAGUCCGAUGACAUCCACUGGCGAACAAGGAGGUCUUAUCGGUGUGGUGGGGCACGAUGUGAGGAUUGAAGACUUCAACAAAAGGGCCCCAGGGUUCCAGGUGGUCAUUGGGCGAUUCAUAUCCCGAGGGGUGCAGUGCAUUCCCAUCGAAUUCUCAGGGUGCGACCUUCAGCUGCUGCGGGGAGAGGAUGCACAAUGCCCGGAGAUCUACGACGACGCCAAGUGUUACUUCUUCGAAGCGACUGGGGACUAUUACAUGUCCCCGGAGGCCCCACUGCUGGACUUCUCCGGGGCGGAGGCGUACUGCAAGGAGCGAGGGGGCUUCCUUGCGGAGAUCGAGGAGGAACUCGAGGAGAACCUCUUGUCGGGGAUAGCGUCCAAUGCGGGGUCUUGGCUGGGCCUGACGUACAGCGACGAGGUGUCGGAGUGGAUUUGGACGAACAGUGGACGAGUGGAGAGCGACAGGUCGGACGUUUGGACUGUGUUGAGCAAUCCGACGGGGCGGGCGCCUAUGACAUGCGCCACCAUUGAUCGGAGGGGGAUAUUGCGCAACGUCCGCCCAGAGGACUGCGACGUCAAGACGCGCUUCAUAUGCGAAUUUGUCGGGCCGAACCUUCCAACUGGGUGCACGGAGAAUGACACAAUCAGAGUCAACGAUGAGUACGAAUACAAUGUGCGCCCACUGUCCACAUGCCGCCCAGAGGAGGAGAGCCUGCGAGAUGCCACGGCCGUCAGCCCAGCAGCCAAAAACCUGACCAAUGAGAUUGUCAUCUGUCCCCUUGCAGAACCGAAGUCCACAGCUGAAGUCCGCUGCUGCGACGACUGCAAGCUGUAG